UUGAAUACCGGAGGCGGCAUUUGGACUUCAGAGGUUGGGGCGCGGUAGGAGUUUGGACAUAUGUAGUAAUGGCACCUCAGAGAAGAAUUAAGAAAUCCCAGGCACAGAAGAGGACUUCACAAGAUAGUAGUAGUUUUCAAACCAACCUCUCAGCCUGGAAAGUAAAUGAGGAUACGAGUCACUCAAAGAGCAUCUCCAACUAUGGACAGAAUGGUCCAAUGGAAGAUUAUAAACAUGCUGAUGAUCAAGCAGAAGAUGCUCUGCAAACAGCAAUGGAAUACUUUGAGAAAGAUCUUAUUAAAACUUCACAAAGUAAAAAUAAAACCUUGGAAAAACACUUGAAAACUGUGGAAAAUGUGGCUUGCAAGAAUGGGUUAGCUCCGGAAGGAAUUGACAUUCUAUUAAAUGUAGCACUCAGUGGCAAAUUUGGAAAUGCUGUAAACACACGGCUAUUGAAGUGCAUGAUUCCAGCAACUCUAAUAUCAGAAGAUUCUGUGGUUAAGGCAGUCUCCUGGCUUUGUGUUGGCAAGUGUUCUGGUAGUACCAAGAUACUUUUUUAUCGUUGGCUGGUUGCAAUGUUUGACUUUAUUGAUCACAAGGAGAAAAUUAACUUGCUCUACGGCUUCUUUUUUGCUUCAUUGCAAGAUGAUGCACUGUGCCCUUAUGUCUGCCAUUUCUUGUAUUUACUUACCAAAAAAGAGAAUGUCAAAGCAUUUCGUGUGAGAAAACUGCUUGAUCUUCAAGCCAAAAUGGGAAUGCAGCCUCAUCUCCAGGCUUUGUUGUCGCUGUAUAAGUUCUUUGCUCCUACCCUGAUUUCUGUAUCUUUGCCUGUAAGAAGGAAGAUCUAUUUUAAGAAUUCAGAGAAUCUUUGGAAGAUGGCUUUGGUUGCUGUAAGGCAAAGAAACCAGGGACCUUUUCCAGAACCUCUAAAGCAGAUGUUAGGUCCAGCUAAUGUUCAUCCUCUAAAAGGAAGAUGGAAUUCGCACCCAGUUAUACCAGUGCUCAAUUCUAAUAACUACGCUAAAGAAUGUGGAAGAAAAGAGAUUAAUCUUUCUGACUGUUUGGGUAGCAGUGGAUCAUUUCCACUAGAACAACUGCAAAGCUUCCCUCAGCUCUUAAAGAACAUUCAUUGCUUAGAGCUGCCUUCUCAGAUGGGCUCAGUGCUAAACAACUCUCUGCUGCUUCACUAUAUUAAUUGUGUCAGAGAUGAGUCAGUUUUACUGAGACUCUAUUACUGGUUGAGUCAAACAUUACAAGAAGAAUGCAUUUGGUACAAGGCAAAUAAUUAUGAACAUGGAAAAGAGUUUGCCAGAUUUCUGGAUACUAUCAUCAGGGCAGAGUGCUUCUUACAAGAGGGGUUUUAUUCCUGUGAAGUGUUCCUGUAUAAGAGUAUUCCUCUCUGGGAUGGCCAGUGUUGUCGGUCACAGUUCCUUCAGCUUCUGAGCUGGAUUCCUUUUAGUAACUUCUCUGAGGUGAAACCACUUCUGUUUGACCAACUAGCACAGCUGUUCUUUACAUCAACUAUUUAUUUCAAGUGUAGUGUUCUUCAGAGUCUGAAAGAGCUGCUGCAGAAUUGGCUGUUGUGGCUUUCAAGGGAUAUACAUGUGAAACCUGCGAUGAACAGCCCUCUUAACACAACUUUGUGUGGAUCCAUGAGCUCUUUGUCUAAACUGAUUGACUACGUAGGAUGGCUGUCCACUAUUGCAAUGCGCUUGGAGAGCAACACUACUUUCUUGCUGCACUUUAUUUUGGAUUUCUAUGAGAAGGUAUGUGAUAUAUAUAUAAAUUAUAGCCUUCCAUUAGUGGUGUUGUUUCCUCCUGGAAUCUUCUAUCCUGCACUCCUCAGCCUGGAUGCCAGUAUCUUGAACCAGCUCUGUUAUAUUAUGCACAGGUAUCAUAAAAAUCUGGCUGCUAUAAAGAAAAAUAAGUUGCUUCAAAAGGCAAAGCCGCAGUUUAGUUUCAGCAGCAAAACCUAUAAAGAGUUCAAUCACUACUUGGUAACCAUGGUUGGUUGCCUGUGGACAUCCAAACCUUUUGAGAAAGGAAUAUAUAUUGAACCUGAAAUCCUGAAAAAAACUGGAGUAGCAGAAUAUAAAAACAGUUUAAAUUUGGUUCAUCAUCCUUCUCUACUGAGUUAUGCUGUUUCCUUUUUGCUACAGGGAAUGCCAGAAGAAAGGAGGAUAAAUGUGAACUCUAUUCAGGGAAAGAAAUGGAACUGGUAUUUGGACUAUUUAUUUUCAGAGGGGUUACAAGGCCUGAAUCUUUUUAUAAGAAGUAGUAUUCAUCGUUCUUCUACCUCACAAUCAAAGAACCUAAACUUCACCAUUUAAUAUUAAAGACAUAAACAGAGCAUAUUGGACUAAAUUUCUUCAUUGCUAGAGAGGCCAAGUAGUUCAACUUGAGUUUCCAUAUUUGUUUUACUAAUAGACUGCCAUCCUAAAGGAGUACUCAGGCUGGCCUUCUGUCUAUGGAUCAGGAAAGCCUUGGUGUGCCUAAAUUAUUUUUUAGGAUUUAGAUUCUUUAGCUUACUAGUGAAAAAUUACCUCUUCAUCAUUAGGUUUUACCAUCUAUCAAAUUAUACAUAAAGAGACACAGUCUGAUUUGAGGCAAGAUUUUUCACAUAUUUGUAUAUUAUGAGCUGCAUUGAUGGAAGAGAGCAGGUAAUGUACAGUGAUGGUUAAUCCAUAGAUGUACAUAUGCAAAAUACUCUGCCACCUCUUUGAAACCUGAAACCUCUGAGGAUAUUGCCAUUUUUCUUACUCUGAACAAGAGCACCAGCACCAAGAUAACAGGAUAUAACAUGUAUGACUCUAAGAGCCCUAAAUAGUUGGCGACUUCCUGGGCCUUUGCUGGUAAUAAUUUGAUGAGUGAAUGUAGGGAGGAGGAUUGAGGGGUAAUCAAGACAUUCCUGUUUAUACGAGUUGGAUUUCAUGAAAUUUCUGUUUUGUUUGUGUUUAUCUCUCUCCAGUUUUUAAGCAUUCAAACACAAACUAAUUGCAAUUUUACUUUCAGAGGUAAUUCUGAAGCUUCUUAAAAUUUUCAUAAUAGCUAGACUAUCUUGCUGAAGAUUUACAGUAAAAUUUUGCUUCAGUAUUUCUGAAUAACUCUUUGCCCUUUA